AUGGCCGUGCAACAAUACUACAAUAUGGUUGUGGAUAGCUUGGAAAUUGAUGACAAGUUAAAAGAAACAUUCACUGGCGUUGCUCGUCAAUCACUGUUUGCUGGUGCAGGAACGGCUGUUGGAGGAGCAAUUGGUGGAAAAAAUGGCGCUUUUCUUGGCGCUCUUCUCGGCGGAGUCAUCGGCUACUUUACCACUCCAGAUUAUAGUGGUUUGGUCACCUACUAUAAAAAUCUCCCCGAAGCUCGAAAAGCCGAAAUUGUUGAGAAGGUUCAAUCACUUGUUGGAUCAAUUUCAGUAGAAGAUUACAAAAUAUGGUUUGGUUUGAUUGAGAACAAAGAAAUGAUGCUCAAUAUGCUCCUUCAGAAACCCUCGAGUGUGCUUGGGAUCGAAUUUGCCCCACUGAACAUUCCGUUGCAGAGAAGACUGCAAACGAUUGCCGUUCUCCAUCAUUUUUUCCUCACCCUUGCAAUCGUGAUUAUGAUGCUGGUGUUGCCCAUUUAUUUGCUAUUCACCUCGUUCUGGUGGCUGAUAUUUGUAUACGCAACUUGGCUUUACUUCGAUUGGGAAAGCCCUCAAAGGGGAGCCUAUCCAUUGAAAUGGUUUCGAGAUAUGCGAGUGCACAAGUAUUUUGCCGACUAUUUCCCAGUGAGAUUGCACAAAACGGCCGAAUUGGAUGGAUCAACGAACUAUUUGGUCGGCUCACAUCCACAUGGGAUCAUCAGUCUUGCAGCUCUUGUUAAUUUCACAUCAAAUGCAACUGGAGUAGACAAGCUGUUUCCAAAUGUUUUCUUUCGAUUGUGCACUCUUGAGGGUCAAUUCUGGACACCAUUUCGACGGGAAUACGCAAUGCUUCACGGUUUCAUUGGAUGCAGCAAAAAGAGCAUCAAUUGGGUGUUGGAAAAUGAGAAGAAAGGAUUGGCGGCGGUUCUGGUGAUUGGUGGCGCUGAAGAGGCUUUAGAUGCUCACCCUGGACACCACACGCUCACGUUGAGCAACAGAAAAGGCUUCAUUCGUUUGGCUAUUGAAAGUGGAGCCUCUCUUGUGCCCUGUUACGCUUUUGGGGAAAACGAUAUUUACACUCAAAUCGAAAAUCCGAAAGGUUCCAAGUUACGAGAAUUUCAAACAUGGGCAAAGCAAAAACUCGGAAUCUCACCUCCAAUCUUUCGCGGUCGAGGCGUUUUCAAUUACACUUUUGGACUCUUACCGUUUAGAAAACCGAUCGACUAUGUUGUGGGAAAUCCGAUAAAAGUUGAGAAAAAUAAGAAUCCUAGCAGAGAAGAGGUGGAUAAGGUUCAUGCUCGAUAUGUAAAAGAACUGGUGGAACUUUUUGAGGCACACAAAACGAAAUAUGGCUGUGAUGAAACGACUAAAUUAGUCAUUCAA